AUGCCUGACCCGCAGAAAUUGAUCAAAGAAUUUGAGGAGGAUGCAGCGAAGGAGGGGGUUGAUCUUGAUGCAGACCCCUACAAGGGAGUGUUGUUGCGGGAACUUGUGAUUGAGGAGGAUUGGUCAUGUCAUUAUGAACUCUCUGUAAAUUUGAAGCAUAUUUUGGGUGUUGGCCGUUGUGGCGAGGAGAAACAACGAGAAACUUUCACGCUCACCAAUGCAGCGAUGUCCGAUGAGCAGAGUGCCAGCUACUAUGAAGGCCAUAUCAAGUCUACGUCAGAGCUGUUGAACAAGGUCUCUAAGCAGGUCGCAUUUUCCUCUGCAGGGCCUCCUGAAUCAGCAGAAUCACAAGCUUACCAUCACAUUGCCACCCUCUUGACCCAAGGCUCUGAUGAUGGGGGACAUGCACAAAAUCCUUCACAAACGGCACUUCAGGCCACAAUUAUUGAGACCAUGUUUGGGUAUGUGAUGCUUCUGGACACUGUUAUGUUGAAGUUGGUGCCUGGCUGGAAGUGGCUUUUGUGUCUAGCAAAGUUCCAUAUGAAACACGUAAUGGUACCCUCUAUUUCCUCUUCCACAUCAGCUCAGCAAUGCAAUGGAUCCAAGCUCUUGUCUCAGUCUAUCAUGCUGUCAAGGCCUCAACACAGAAGCACCCAACCAAUAGUAGGGAGUGUUACAGUCUCUACAGGCAGUUGGCACAUAUCCGGAUGUGACAAAACACCAUACUACAUGGGCCCAGCCGGACGGCCCGAAUCUUAUGAUGUGCCUUUAGUGAUGGUGCGGCCGUGA